GGGGUGGCCGUCGUGUUCCUGCCGCUGGUGGAGCUGGCGCACUGUAACGAGAGCGUCGGCGCUGGCCACUCCUGUGACGCGGCCUCCACACAGUGCAUGGCGGCGCCCAGGGACCCCAGAGGCUACGUGUGCCGCUGCCGCCCGGAUUUCUGGCGCGGCUUCCUUGCGGAGGGCGCUGGCGGCGGCGGCGACGGCGGCGGCCGAGAGAGCGGGGGUGAUGGCGGCGGCGACGGCGCCAGCGAAGGCUACGGGGACGCCUAC